AUGAACAUCCCGAGGGGUUCAUCUGGACGUGCUGCAAAGGGGACGGUGAUGCAAAGCCUUGUGAAGUUGGGGUUCAUAAGGCCCCAGGACAAGAUUACAGUUGCCACACAGCCGGAUGCUGGUGUAGGUAUGAAGCGAAAGAGGAACGACGAUGAUGCCAGUCUUCGCAUCUGUGGACUUUGCAAUAAAACGUUUGAUGAAGGGGCUAAUGGUCAAUCUGCCUGCUCCUACCAUCCAGGGUGGCAUAUCCAGAUGGAUUCAUAUACAAGUGCUGUAGCCGUGAUGGCACGGAACCUGGGUGGAGGCAUGGCCCGUACAAAGCCAGAGACGAGAAGAAAGUCUCAAGGUGUCAUAGAACUGUCUCAAAUGAAGAUCCUAGAUGUUGGUGACAAAGACGAAGAUAAUGAGGAGAAUGACAAUCAGGAAACGGGAGAUGAAGAGAACCAAGACGAGGAUUGCUAA